ACCAUAUCUCAUCCCUCUCUUGGCUACUUAUCCAUUUGGGAGUCUUUGAGAGACAGACCAUGCAAGUUCUUUCAUUUCAAUUUCAUAGCUUUGCUCAAUUAUCAUGGAGUUUCAGAUCUCAAAGUGGAAGGUCCAAGGGUGUUGUGAGGAAGCGUUUGCGUGGUAGCUACCCUUCAAUAACAGUCAGAACGCUCCCUAGGAGGCUGCUUUUGCAGUUUAUUGGAUUGAAUCACUUGUUAUCAUGCAAUUGUCCUCUCUUUGCUGCUCCAGUGCCACCUGACAUGAAGGAACCUGACAUAGUUAGGUGCUUUGAUCAUCUUUUCUUUAGCUUAGAAAAGAGAAAGUUAAUUUGACCUUCCUCUUUGCAGUAAUCUUCAAUAAUUCUCAUUGAAAGUUCUCAUUUGGAAUUUGAAGUCUCCAGGACAUUGAAGCUUCCCAGUGGGGUGAGAAUUCAAGAGAUUGUUGAAGGGGAUGGAGCAGAAGCUCAUGAAGGAGACUCUGUGGAAGUAAACUAUGUAUGCCGACGCUCAAAUGGAUAUUUUGUUCAUAGUACUGUGGAUCAAUUCAGUGGAGAAAGCUCUCCUAUCAUACUACCUUUGGAUGAGAACCAGAUUAUAAGAGGCCUAAAGGAGGUGUUGAUAGGAAUGAGAGUUGGAGGAAAACGAAGAGCAUUAAUACCUCCUUCGGUUGGAUAUACAAAUGAAAACUUGAAACCAAUUCCUGAAGAGUUUGGUCCUCGCCGUAGCCUCUUAUCUCAUGCAAAUGAGCCUCUGGUUUUUGAGGUGCAGCUCUUGAAAAUAAUAUGAGUUUGUUUUUGUAUUUAUAUCCUUGUACUUUGCCUUUCUUCCAUGGACCUGCUGUCACAACAUAAAACAAAUUCAAUUGCUGAUUGUAAAAGCCCAUAUCAUGUGAAGAAUCAUGUACGUAUGUCACUUUGUAAAUUAGUGAUCAAAGUAAAUAAUUAUGAAUUCGUAAU